AUGUGCGCACACUCGUACGUACGUAGUAGUAGUAGUAGUAGUAAUAGUAGUAGUAGUGGUAGUAGUAGUAGUGGCAGUAGUGGUAGGAGUAUCAACCAUAAACAAGAGAAGACAAAAAACAUGCCGGGGGCAGGGCUACGACUUGUUUAUGCUAAACUAGCCUUAGCGUCGAAUAUUUCAUUCUUUCCUUACGGCGGAAUUUGUAUAGCAAAGGACCCCACCACUGCUGCUUUUCUAGAACCACCUAUUGCUGCUACUUCUGCUUUUUCUUGA